UUCACUGAUAUUUCAAUUCAUCAGGAAAAAAACAGAAAUAUACAACAGCUCAUCUAAAGAAUAUAUAAAUCAUCCAAAUCAUGUCUGAGUCAAUUGCCGCACUCCGCAGACAGCGUCGUGAUGAGCUAGCAAAGCUCGCAGACGAACACCUGCAGCAUGAUCUCCAGCCCGCCGAUCGCGAUGCUCUGAAGGCCGCAGCCUUAACGGUUUCGACCUGGACGGUCGUCGGUUCAGCUAUAGGAAUUGGCCUCGGUUUUUAUGUGGCGUUUCGCCUGAGGGGGGUGCGCAAGCAGGUUUUCGAAGCAUUCAAAGCGCAGGAGAAGCCUGUCAGUGUUCUCUUCGCGGAUGGGAGGACUGAAUCCAUCCCCGAUAUUACACCAUUACUCAAGCCAUCCUCGCUGGGAGACUUUGCGACGUAUUUUUUCGCUUCUGCUGGAGGAUUGUUUUUGGGCGGAGAGCUCGGUCUUCUGGGCGGCUCAGCCAGAGCAAGUCGCAGUAUCACGAAAGAUCCGGAGACGAGAAAGCGGAUCGAGAGUGCCUUUCGCAAAUACCGUGCCGACAUGCUGCGACGUGAAGCAGAUAACCUUGAUAGUGGAGAGAAAGUAUGGGACAGAAUGUUUUAAUCAAAGUUGUGUUGAGAUGCGAGAUAUGUUAUCCAAAACCAAGAGAAAGUGGGAAAGAGCGGGAGAAUGGAAGAAACGAAGAGGAGGAUGAGGCCCUUCAGAGACAGGGUUGAGAUUCAACAGCAAGAUGUCAAAGGCUGAAUAUGCCAUUAUAAAACUGAAUUGGAUAAAGGAGCCUAAUUAAUAUACCUUUCUAUUGUA